UCCAGUGGAUGCAUUUUUUUUUUUUUACAGCUAGAUGAAAAAUGGAUGUCAGUAUCAAAAGAUCAGCUGGAUUCUUCAGGCAUUUUCUGUGAGCUCGUCUUGAAACCAGAAUGAAAUCUACUGAACAAAACCUCAACAUUUACUUUGAUCCCCAACAGAAGUACCUAAUCUCCACGAUAUUGUUUCUGACACUUGCAGCAAUAAUGUCUACUUCUCUGUCAGCUGUCUCUUUGUAUCACGUAAUAACAUUAAAAGCAGAAGUAGCCACGUUGAAGACAGAGAUUUUCAAAAAGCGAGACGAGCACUUGGUAUCAUUGACCUACCCUGAUGGAGAAAUGCCCGAACCAAACAGGGACCAAGAGCAGAGAGUGCAGCAUGUAAAUGAAGAGGAUAUACUGGAAGACCUCAGGACAGUAAACUCUAUAUCAAAGCCGGGUAAUCCCAGAAUAAGGUUGCGCAGGUCAAAUAAUCUCACUGAUAAAACAGUACUUCAGCCGUGUUUGCAAAUGAUCGCAAACAAAGAUAAAGGCACCUUCCAAAAAGGUGAAAAUACAGCUAUCCCUUGGCUUCCAGGUCUCAAAAGAGGCACUGCUCUGGAAGAGCAAACCAAUGCAAUAAUUGUUAAAGAAACCGGGUACUUUUUUGUGUACAGCCAGGUUUAUUAUAAGGAUAAAAUCUAUGCAAUGGGGCACAUAAUAGUAAGGAAAAAGGCCAGCAUAGUUGGAGAUGAACUGCAAAAUGUCAAUUUAUUCAGAUGUAUCCAAAAUAUGAGCGAUGAUUUUCCUUUCAAUACCUGCUAUACAGCUGGGAUUGCAAAACUAGAAGAAGGAGAUAGUAUUGAACUCCUCAUACCUCGACAGUCAGCAGUGGUAUCUCUGGAUGGGGAUUCAACAUUCUUCGGCGCUAUAAAGCUUGUAUGAAUUUUGUGGAUCAAGCCAAAUGGGUGGGCACUAAGACAUACUUCUCUGUUUGUGGGUGUGUCUGAGUAGACUGAGGGUAGUUGACACUGUAGAGACCUGUUUCAUUGAGGUUCCGUCUGCUCAGCUUCUUCUGAUACAAACAGGAAGCCCAAUGGUUGUGUAAGCAAUUGUGUCACAUGGUUUAUCGGAAAGCGACUUGGGGUGGUGCCAUCACUGGUGACAAGCAAAUCAAACAGGAUGUUCAAAACAUCAGGCAUGGUAUUAAAAAUAUAUAUCUUUCAUUUUUCGACGUACAGGUGACUUGAGUCUUAAGGGGUUAUAGAUAAUGAAAUAAUUACAAAAAACAUUUCUUGUCACACCUUUCCAUUUGCCAUGUAGGUCCCACAUGUGCAUUUUUGUAAGAUUUAUAUGUAUUUUCAUUUUUAAAUACUAGGUUAAAGAAAGUUUGCAUGCCUUACUUUCAGGUAGACUGUUACACUUCCUAGCUUAGUGCAUCAUCUGCCCCCCUUCCACAGCUUCUUUCUUUGUUAUUAACUAACUAGCCACUUUCUCUCAUGACACGCUAUGCAGCCAGUGAAAUGCUUUGACCCCAAUGGCACUGCUGGGGUAAAACGACUUUGAAGUGCAAUUCUAACAGAUUACCUGAAAGAAGGGCCUGCAAACAACAUCGGGAAAAUACAUGUUUGCUAUAUGAGACCUACAUAACGAAUGGUCCAAUUCAUUGAAGUAUUUAAUUAGAUAUAGGCUAACCCAGCAUUCAGGUUUCCAAUGACCCAGAUCCAAAGUACUAGAUAGGAUCUACAAUAAAAAAAUUGGUUUCAUUGUACAUUGCAGAUAUACCUUUUAAUAGGAUCAGUUAAACCUGUAUGAAAAGUACCCUCACUUUCAAGACCACAGAGGUCUCUUCAGGUGUAUUUUAUGUACAUAUUCAGCUGAUCCUAUUAAAAACUAUCAUCACCAAAAAAAAAGAUCUGCUUAUCCUACUCUGUGUACAUUGUACAGUUUAUAUACCGUAUAGAUGUAAUAUGUAUUCAUAGCUAAAUUGGAUUUACAUCUCAUAAAUUCAAAACAACAAUUCGUUCAUGUUUUGUACCUGUCAGUAAAGAAAGUACUUGUAAAAUGAUCAGAUUUUUUUUUUUUUUUUAAUAAACAACUGAGGUAAGUUUAAGAAUACUUGAUAUGUUGCCUUAACCGUGCUAUACCUGGUAAUGAAUCUUCCUUUAAAUCACAGUCAUGUAUUUUUGAUUUCAAAUGCUUAGAACCUUAUAUCAGGCAAAUAGGUUUUCUUUUUUUUAUCUAAACAAGGAACAGAAAGAAACAAGGCAUGCUGGGUGAAACAAAGUACAUAUUAAGUUACAUAAGCAAUAAACUACUUUUUUAAUUUUUUUUCUUAAAAAUAUAAAGAAAAUACAUGCGCGUUUGGUUAUUAAUUACUAAUUUCAUCUCCUUUUUAAAAGGAAUAAAACUGGUAGUUUUGAGCAAUAGUGACUGACUGCUAUGUAAUUCUUUUUUUUAUAGUCAGGGACAGAGUAACAGUUUUGUAAGGUGUAAUGGAGUUUAGUUCCUCUAGAUGGCAGCUACACUAUGCCCUUGAAAUGCACACAAGAAAAUAUAUGUAUAAUGUACUGUACAGAAAUGUAUUCCUGAAGGGAAAUGUAUGUCAGGCAACAUAUGAAUUAUAAGGUCAUUUUGAAAUUCUUUCAUGGUUAUACUAUGCACUUACCACAGUGUACCAUGUUUUGCCAUGAUUUUAAUAUGCCUUACCAUACCUCUGUGUCUUUACAAUGCUAGCCUAUGCUUAUUCAUGCUUUCACUAUGUUUUCUAACUUUGAUAUGCUUUUAUAAGAUCCAUCCUUGUUUUUAGCCAACACACCGCUCAGAGGAGCUGAUGUUGACAUGUAUAGAUGGCAUGUUAUUGCAAUUGAUACAUAAUGUGUUAUUCAGAGACUUCAUAUGACUUUGAGAGUGAUAGCAUCUGGGCGUUUUUUGACACUUCUGGAGCUCUAAGAUGAGGUUGUAACGUUGGUUUUCACAGUUACUUCAGCUUUCUUGAAACCAUGAAGUAGAUGCUUCCGGCAGAUAGUGCACAUGCUCAGCGGCAAAAAACAAUUGUGGAACCAGAAAUUCAAAAUAUGUCAAGUGCUAUACUUGGUUUUCCUGUCUGACGUGUGCAGUAUUGCUUCAUGAAGAAGCAUACACACACACGUGUGUGUGUGUUUAAAACCUCUCCCAUACAGUUCACUGAGCAGCUAAAAUUAUCACUGCAGCUGUUCCAUACAAGCCUGACAGAGGCUUAUAGUCAGUGACAGCUGGUCAUGGACAAUUGCACACACUUGUGUUUUUAAAUGAAACUGUAGCUCAUACUAGGUAUCCAAGUAAACAAAAGUUAAGAACAAUUAUCUGAAUCAACAAACAAAUAAAACAACAAACCAUUCCACGCUGAUUGACCGAUGUACCCUCUGUUGAGUACGUAUGCUGUUUUGGAUCACACUAUCUCUCUGGUAUAGAUCUUUCUAGUUUAUCAGACCAGUGGAGGGCAUUAUGUGGUUGCAAUGUGAAGCGUGUGCAUGAUUGCUGUUUGCAAACUAUGGGUUUAGAGUCUCCACAGUAUAUUAAACAUCAAGUAGCUUUAGAUAGAUUUGUAAUGAUGUCUGCAGUCAUUCUGAGUGACACCCUGCUCUGUGGUUCCAAUAUUGAAAUCAUCCCUUUACCUGGCAUAGAAUUUGCCUGGAGCUUCACUGGAGAUCAAAAGUAGUCUUUGUUGCAUUCAGCUCAUGACAAUAUGACCUUUAACCUCUGCCCACCCCACCUACUCUACCUAUAUAUACAACAAAUUUACUGCACUGUGUUUACUUUUCUACACAGCCAAAGUGGGCUUUUGUCCAAAACAUUCUGAAAAAAUUGAUUUUUUAGUAAUUAAAACCAUUUGUGUACAACAUCCAAAAAAAAUAAAAAAUAAAUUAUUGUACACUGCAGUUAUACGUCCUUUCAAAUCUACGGUAUAUAUGCAGUGCCUUGCAAAAGUAUUCAGACCC